CUCUAUUCUUGUUUGUGACUUUCGUGUACUGAGUACCUUAAAUUGUUUAAUUUAAAAUCCCAAAUUCAGAGACUGGCUUGUGACUGUAUCAAAAUACAGAAUUCAGAUAAUUACUAUUUUAAGAAGUACCUUAUUAGGAUAAUAUUUACAGAAUGCCUUUUGAUCAGUGUUGUCUGUUAUGUUUAGAAAAAGUUAGUCCCACUGACAACAGAAUAAAUAUCAAUAGCGAUGACUCGGAAUCGGUAAAUGUGCGGAAUAUAAUUGAACAACAUUUCAAGGAAGAGAUCUUCACGAUGCCAACAUUAUCAAAUCAAAUUGUAUGUAAAAAAUGUUGGGAAUUGCUGAAGUCAUUUCAUGAAUUUUAUAUCCAAGUAACACAAGCCCAUCUGCAAGCGCAUAACAAACUCAAGGCUUUGCAAGAGUGUGAAAUAUCGGUUACAGACAUUAAAGUGGAACCGGAUGCUGAAGACAAAUUGGCUUUGCAAGAGUUGGAGGAAAUAACGAUUACAGACAUUAAAGUGGAACCGGAUAUUGUUGACACAUUGGCUUCAUCACCAGUCGGUGAAGAAAAAGAUUCCGAUUACUCGGAUGAUGAAAAUAGUAGCUCAUCUUCUGUAAACUCUGAAAGUCAAGAAGAUGUCCAGGAAGAGAAAAGACAGAAAACAAAAACAAAAAGAGCCCCUAAACCCCGAAAUAAGAAACGACACAAAACAUUGGACCAUGAUCAAUUUAUUGCACAAAAUUUUAAAUUGAUCUGCUGUUUAUGUGAAAAAUCGUUGAAAGAUUUUCGAGAAUUGAAAAUUCAUUAUCGCCAAGAACAUCAAACAAAUGGCUAUGCUAAGUGUUGUAAUAAAAAGUUGUACAAUCGUGGCGUUCUCGUUGAUCAUAUUCACUUUCAUAUUAAUCCAGAAUACUUCAAGUGUAAAUUUUGUGAAAAAGUGUUAUGCGAUCGAAGUAAUCUCGAAUCACAUUUACAACAUUUUCAUGAUUCCAAAGAACGUACGAUAUAUAGAUGUGAAAUAUGUGGCAAAAGUUUUUAUCGACGCAAAGUUCUUGCACGGCAUUACCUAAUCCAUGCACCCGAAGAACAAAGAAAUGUGAAAUGCACCCAGUGUGAAAAAACAUUCUGCAAUCAGUACCUUAUGAAACAACAUCUAAAUCUGAGCCAUCUCAAUUUAUAUGCUAAAAUUUGUGAUAUUUGUGGCAAAUCACUAAACGGCAGCGAAGCUUUCCAACGGCAUCAGGAUGAACAUGCUGGUGUGCAACGAACAAGGGAGAAAUGUAAAAUAUGCAAUAUGGAGCUAAAGACGAAAUAUGGUCUGGCGAGACAUAUGAAAACAAGGCAUACCGAACCGUUUCAAACACCGCAGAUCUGUCCAGUUUGCUCUAAAGUAUCUCCCACUCUACGGGCGCAUAAAAGUCACAUGGAGUAUAUGCACAGCGGUAAAAAACACGUUUGCACUGUUUGUGACAAAACAUUUAAACUGCCUAAAUGUUUAAGGGAACAUAUGGCCACACACACCGGAGAAAAAUUAUAUACGUGCACAUUUUGCCCACAAACAUUCAAUUCAGAUGCGAACAUGUACGCACAUCGAAAGCGAAAACAUCCUAAAGAAUGGGCUGAAAAAUGUGCGAAGCGAAGUACUUCUACAGGAAUGGGACAACAGCUAAUAAAUGACUUACAAUCCAUAACCGAAACAGUGAAAGAUACGGAUGAAACAAAUUAAAUGGAGAAGCUCAUUAUCAUUAACAAUCAUUAAAUGUUGAAUGCAUUUUUAAUAAUGUGUAUAAAAAUAUUCAAAUUGUAUAAAAACUAUUAUUGUUAUUGAGGAAUGGGAAAAAAAUUUCGUUUUAAGUAUUUUAUCAAUUUAAAUACAUAAAUAAUUAAUACACUUUUUUAACAUAAAUUGCC